UUCAUGUUAGAAGAGAAUAGACUUCUUAGAUUAACUCUUUGUUAUCCUAAUUAAUCGUAAGUAAGUCAAUACGUUGCAAAACAAAGUACGGAAACACUUCAAAAUGGGACUUUUUAAAAUAAGCCCCACUGAAAUUUUAAAUAAAGAAAAGCAACAAGAUGCCAUCGAAAAAAAAGACGCCGUAUCGGCCAUCAUUGGAGACUUUGGUCGAUGGCAGCUGAUGAUGACGUUAAUCAUACCAUUCUUUGCUUUCCCUUCCACAUUUCAUUUAUAUUUGCCAACAUUUACGACAAAAUCAACAGAUUUUUGGUGUAGAAGGCCCGCAAAUUUGUCUAAUCUACCAAUAGAAUACUGGAUCAAUUACAGUCAACCACUGGAUGCCUGCUCCGUUCGAAAGCUUCCUUCGGGGAUAACUGUGGAGAGUAUUAUGAACUACACAGCUCCAAUCUUAGACUCUUUUCAAAAGUGUACAGAAUGGGAUUUCGAUAGAACGGAUGUCGGAAACACUAUAAUAUCCGAAUGGGACUUGAUUUGCGAUAAUGCUAGUCUCACGACACUAGCGGAAGUAGCAUUUCUAAUCAGCGUUGGUGUCGGUGGUGUGACCGGUGGAUGGUUCUCUGACAAAUUCGGUCGCAAAAAAAUACUGAUGGGUAUGAUUGCAGUCCAGAGUGUGCUUGGAAUUAUAUGCAUUUUUGUGCGUACAUUCGUACAAUAUAUUUUAGUGAGACUUGCGAUGGGUCUAGUAUCAGUUUCAGUGGUAUAUGCUGCUUUCGUUCUCUCCGUAGAACUGGUAGGCGGUCGUUGGGUAACCAUUGCGGGUUCUUUCAAUUUCUUUCCAUUACCUCUAGCGUACAUAAUCGUAUCGUUGGUAUCCAUGGUUUUGCCGGACUGGAGAGAUAUUCAACUAGCUAUGACCAUACCAGGACCAUUUCUACUUCUACUCUGGUUCGUCAUACCAGAAUCACCAAGGUGGUUAUUGAGUAGCGGAAAAAUUGAAGAAGCUAAAAUUAUAUUAGAAAAGGCAGCAAAGUUCAACAAUAGACCUCUUGACGAUUUAGAUAAAAUAUUAACGUCAUACGCAACGGAAAACAAGAGCGAGAAACCAAAUAUUUUGAUGCUUUUUAAAGGACAUCUCUUGAAGAGAACAUUUUGCUUAUUUAUAGCGUGGUUCUCGAUGAACAUCGCUUAUUACGGGCUCGUUUUAAAUAUUGGUAAAUUCAAUUUGGGCAAUUUGCACAUUACGUCAAUCGUACUCGCUGCAGUAGAAAUACCAGCGAUAGCAUUAUGUAUUCCUGUAUUAUUAAAAACUGGUAGACGGACACCUGUGUUUGCCUCUAUGAUUAUUUGCGGGAUCGCGUGUAUAACAAGUGAAUUGUUUGCUAUAACGCUCGACAACGCCUGGAUUGUUAUAUUAUGUUUGAUGGUGGGGAAGUUUACUAUUUCCGGAACAAAUGUGAUGUUGCCAAUAUACACGGCGGAGCUAUAUCCUACUGUAAUAAGAAACCUUGGAGUUGGCGCCACUCAGGUUGCGGCGGGAUUGGCGCUUAUCUGCAUUCCUUAUUUAUGGGAAAUGACUGCGCUCAAUGCACACUUGCCAAUGUCCACAUUAGCACUAUUGAGUAUAGCAGGCGGCGGUAUAAUUCUCUUGCUACCGGACACCAAAUCGGCUGCCGAUAAGAAAAGGGAUUCGGCAAUUGAAGUAUGCGAUGGUACUUUUAAAAGCACAGACAAUACGCCGUGAUAGCUUUUGAUGCAGUUUACGACGGCAAAUACCAGAACCAUGUGGCCCAAGAAGAUGUACAUAAUUUUAAGAGAUGAAAAUCGUAAAGAGAAAUACGCCAGUUGUUAACAAAUAAUAAACGGUUCAAAAUCUGAAGAAAAACACAUUAACAAAUAUCUAAAGGGAUAAUAAGCUAAUAGACAGGCUAAUCUGUCAGUAU